GAGAAAAAGAGAUCGGUGAUGAUCAUUGACUUUGAUCAGUCUAUAUAAUAUUGACUUUACAUCUAAUCCACCAAAUAGCGUCUCCAAAUUAUGCAUUAAAUCGAAUAUUUCUGAAAGCUAGAGUUCCAACAAUUUAAUCCUAAGCCCAUCUCAACAAAAACUUGUAUUUUUAGGCCAUGGCCAUGUCGAUCAGAAGCUCAAUAAGUUCUCCUUGCAGUUCUAGACAUUUGCAGGCAUCAGUUUUAGGACCUAGUUGUCUGAGUACUAAUCAUCGGGACCGAUGUCGUUUUCUCGGAAAUCGGAGCUUCUUGCAGCCCCUUAUCAUGAAGGUCGAAAGUGGUAGCCAGAAAAAGAUGGCCGUGGUUGUCAAUAGUGUUGAACCAGGAGCGCCUCUUCCUUCUGAUCCUUCGGGUAUUAAUUGGAAACUAUGGCUUGUGGGGAUGCUUUUCUCAGUAGCUAUACCCUUUUGGAAGAACAAAUGGUGGCCAUUGCAAAAUAUAAAAGCCCCAAUAUUAUGUACAGAGAAAUUUUCAACGGCGCUGGAUACAGUGGAAGAUGUGGCAGAAGUGGUAGAGAAGGUGGCUGGGCAAGUGGAGAAGGUGGCUGACGACAUUGCCGAUCAUCUUCCGGAAGGUAGACUUCAAGAGGCAGCAAGGAUUGUUGAAAGCGUGGCAAGAGAAGCAGGCAAGGAUGCUGCGCUAGCAGAUGAUCUCAUUGAGAAGGUUGAGGAAGUCGAAAAGGAGGUGGAUUCUAUCAUUGAGCAAGCCAAUAAGAAAAUCGAAGAAGAAAAUGAUACCGACGAUCAGACGGCAAAAAUUAAAGAUGCGACUGAGAUUAAAACAAAGAUAGCAGAGAUCAAAGAAACGAAUUCUGUUAAAAAAGAGACAACAAAAAGCUGAUGCAGCAGAUGGCUCAAAGUAGCAACUCAUGUAUUUUAUUUGAUUUGUACUUUUAGUUAUGUAAUUUAAAUCAUCGUGUACAAUGAGGAGCUAGGGUUCAAGAUUUAUUAUUGUAAAUUUAUUUAUUAUUAGAUGCAAGUUCCCCUAGUUCUAUUUCUGCAGAAAUAUAGUUGUACCGUGUCACAAUUGGUAACCCUAGAAACGUACGCUUAACGAAAAUUCUUCUCAUUCAA